CACACAGAAGCCGCACCACGCCAAGGGGACCACUCCAGUCUGCACAGGUGCUGCCUGCACUGAGAAGUUUGCUAAUCCUCGCAGAUCCUUACUAAACGCCGCUGAUUGAGGGCCGACAUGGGGUCCCGCCUGCCCCCGCUGGUGCUGCUGGCCGCGCUGCCGCCGGCGCUGCUGCUGCCCGCCGGCACUGGAGACGCCGGAGAGGCCCGCAGGACGCCCACCGCGCAGCAGCUGUACGACUCGCUGCCAGAGGCAGAGCGCGAGCCGUUCCUGGCCUACGAGCUGGCGCUGGGCCUGGAGCAGGUGGCGAGCAGAAACGCGUCGCUGGCCGGCGCGGCUGCCGAGGCGCUCGGCCGCCUCGCCCCGUCCACCGGCCACGUGCAGGCCCAGAGCGGGUCGCUGGCCGACAAGCUGCACCACCUCUACGGCAUCCCCGCCCAUCUGCUCAUCAAGUUCCAGAAUCUGCCAACACCGAGUGAUUUCGAUAUCAACAUGUACAUCUGGGUGAAGAUCUCGACGAACCCAACAUUCCAGCAGAUGGUGCAGCUGGCGGCCACGGGACAGUAUUGCGUGGGCGUCAACUGUUACAGCCUGCAGGAGCCGUGGGGCAACUGCUGCCCAUUCUGAGGUCUCCGUCUCCCUUCUCACACUACACCAUUCAUCCUCAUUGCUUCUGAAAUCACUGAUAAAGAAAAUCGCAUUGUAUUUGUACGUUGUGUUCCUAAAUAAUCCAUUUAACUUAUUUAUUUGUUUCACGAAGCAUCAUAAACUUUUUGUAACAGUCAUGAGCAUUAUGUGUUUAUUCGCUGUUAGAGAGAUCGAUGUGUUAGUAAUAAUGACAAGUAAUACUUGCAGUAAAAAAAACUCAUCAUUGUGACCCAGGUCAUAUUUGUA